AUGAAUUAUCUGACGGUUUCAAUAAUUGUUGCAUUUCUAUUCUUCUCAAUUACAGUUGGAUGUUUUUCAAUUUGGCGAAUUAUUCGAGAUGUUAAAAAUAAGAAGCAGAAAAAGAAGAAGAAAGAGGAAAAGAAAGAGGAAAAGAAAGAGGAAAAGAAAGAGGAAAAGAAAGAGGAAAAGAAAGAGGAAAAGAAAGAGGAGAAGAAAGAGGAAAAGAAAGAGGAGAAGAAAGAGGAACAGAAGAAGAAAGAGGAGCAGAAGAAGAAGAAGAAGAAGCAGAAUAAUGAAAUAGGCAAAUAUUAUAAGCAAUAUUUUGGUUGGAUUUGUUUGGCUGCUUUUCUACUCGCUUUUGGAUUAUUGAUUUACUCGAAUCUCGGUGUUUUUUUGAUUGAAAGAUUGAAAAAUCAGAAUAGAAUUGAUGAAUUGGAAAAUGGUAAGAAUAUCUUGGAUUGUAAUAUAUUGGAAGUUAUUAUUUAUUUUUUCAGAACCAAGCAAAAUCAUCGGCAAAUCGAACGAGACUUUGACAAAAGCUCAAGUUGAUAAGACUGCGGAAAAAAGUUCUGCUGAAAUUGAAGAUUUAGUUUCAGCUGAUUUUUUUUAUGACAAAUUGAGUAACAUCUCAUUCUUUACUGAUGUUUCCAAGGUUAGUUACGAAAUAAUCGAUGAAAUACAGAUUGUUUUUUUAAACAGAAAAAGGAAAAAUGUGAAGAGGAUCACAAAAAAAUAGAAGCGCAGAAUUCGAAUGUUAAAAAUACUGUACGUUCUUCAUCAUGUACUGCUGAUGUCAAAAACAAACUAAAAGACACCGACAAACAUAUAACUGCGAUCGGACAAAGAUUGAGUGCUAUCAAUUUUUUUUUAGAAAACAGUGUUAAACCCAAACUUGCGGACUUCAAGAAUAUAUUCCAACCUGACAUAAAUUUGCUCCUGGAGCAAUUCAAAAACGAUAUAAAGUCACUUCUGGUUGGUUAUUUUUCGUAAAAACACAUUUCAAAAUCUUAUUUUCAGAAGAUCUGCGAUGAAUUGAUGAAUCAAUCAAUAACCAUGGAAAUGAGAACACUUUCCAUCGUGUUUUUCUUAUUUUUCGUCAUUUAUUCAAUGAUUCUAAUCGUUCUAAUCAUUGUGGCUGUUCUUGGAUAUUUCACUUUGUUCCGAAAACCUUCAAAUCCAUCCGAAGCUGUUCAAAAACCGAAUUCCAACAAACCUGCAACAUUAUCUAAAUCGAAAACUGAAAGUCCAAUCGCGAAAACAGCAGGCAAAAAUACAAAGAUCAAAACUGCAAUCCCGCAACCUAAACAAUCGAAAAUGCAAAAUUUUGUGAAUUAUUCAUUGUAUGGAUCAAUUUUGUUGUUAUUCAUCAGUUCUUUCACAUAUCUUGUCAUUUAUUUGGAAGUUUUGGAACCAACAAAUAAUUGUGCAUUUAAGAAGAAUAAUGAUAGCAUGUAAGCAUUUUUCAAAAUUAAUUUUAAAAUAUUGAAACAAUUUCAGAUCAUUGAUUUCAAUUUGUCCAACACCAAAUUCCGAAUUCUUCUCGAUUCUACCAUUUGGAAGUAGUUUUUCAGAAGAAAGCAUUGAGAAAAGCUUGAAAUUUGUUGAACAUAGGAAAAUCUUCAAUGAAAAGGCUAAAAAAUCAUUGGGUUAUACGAAAUUGGAUUUGAGAGCAGAUUUUGGUGCAGAAGUUCGAAAGAUGAACUAUUUUGAUGUAGAGUUUCACAAUUUGGGGCUAACGAAUUGCAAGAAUACAAUAUUUGCUACCGCAUCUACAAAUUAUUAUAAUCUUCAUACAUCAUUGCUCAAUCUGAACUCGUCAGUUGUGAAAUUUAAUGAGAAAAUAAUGAAGAGCAAAACAUACAAAGACAUGUUUGUAACAGAUCCAUUUGAUGAAAUUCGACAAGGAACAAGAAUUGCUGUUGCACCAAUUCUUGUGAGUUUUUCUUUGUUGCUUUUUCAGAACCCAGAAGCUUGAAAUCUCCAGCUAGAGUUGCUGAAAAAAUUCUUAAAUAACCUCAUUCAAUUUCAGGCUGCAAAUUUCAAAUGCACAACAAUCUAUGAAUUGAUUUAUGCAAAUUGCCGAUUGAAUGGAUUUGUUUUGGAUGAUUUUGUUUUUUAUGUCAUUAUUCAACUCUCAUCAAAUACAAUUGUCAUAUUCUUCAAUUUUGUAAUUCUUGGAUUGAAAAAGUUAUUCAAUGCAAAACUAAAAAUGGAAGAGGAAAAAAGAAUUGCGGAGGAGAAAGCGAUAGAAGAAGAGAAGAAUAAACAGAAAAAAAUGGAGAAUUAUGAUAAAGAUCUCGAUGUUAAAAUUCGAAAUGCAGAGAUUGCUGAUGAAAAAAAUGCAGAAGAGUAUGAAGGAGUGGUGGUAGAUAUAAUUGAUGCAAAUGGUGAACGAUAUGAGGCGGAAAAGAUGUUGGAAAAUGAAGAGAAGGCUGAAAAAGGGAUUCCAAUAAUAACUUAUCAUGGAGAAGGUGCAAUUGUAACAGAGAUUGAAGAAGAGAGAGUUGAAGAUAAAUCAAUUUAG